CUGGGUAAGACAAGGGGAAGGAAGUCAUGGAGGAAAGGGACAAGGUGACCAGAAGCACCUCAAGGCUAUAGAGGGGAGCCCCUAGAAGCACAUUCACCAGUUUUCUUCUUUGGCAGAAGCCAGUUAAUUUCUAAUGUACCAGAAUGGAAUGGAACAAUGAGGCUUUAGGCCAUCAAAGGCGUAGGCUUGUUUCAAGAAACAUUUCCUCUCUGUGGGGGAGCAGUGGGUGGGGUGAGAUGAUAAAAGUUGGUAGAAGGCAAUUCUUCCAAAACUCAGACCUUGAAGUGUCUCCGGAAGGUGUGGACGUGUCCGAGUUUUGUCUUCUCUCUUACAUCAGCCAGAUCUGCAGCUCAAUGGGAAAUUUUAUCGGCCAUGUGUGCCCAGGGCUGUUUCUAGUCUUCUAUGGACUGUAUCAGGCAAUAGUGGUCUCCAAAGCUGCGAUACUCAAUGACUCUCUCCUGUAUCCUUCACGCCCUCCCAGGAACAAGGGAAGAUGGGCCAGGCUGUGGAAAAUAUCCUAUGGAGGUUUGUGGAAGAUGGUGACUGGCUCCAUCUUGAUAGCUUAUGAGAUCAGCUGCAUUACAAGAGGGUUGAAGCUGAUGAACAGGGAGAUGCCACCAAAAUUUAUGCACACCAAACAGUGGCAGCACCUCACCAUGUUCAUCCUCCUAACCCUCAACGGCUGUGUAGAUGUCACGAGCAAGAACUUGUUGCCUCAGAGAUGUGUAGUCCUAGAGAAAGGUACCCUGGUCCUGACCUUCUACGUGCUCCUGCUGCUGCUGGUGUCACAUGUUCAGGACUCAACAGGGGUGGAGCUGCACAUUCAUUCUCUGCUCAUCUUGUUGGUGUUCCUGCUGAUGGUGGUGUUGACCGUAGAGCUGUGGGCUCCUGAAACGUUUCACCUCUCAUUGAUUGAGACCUUUCUGUUUCUCAUGAUGGGCUCCUGGCUGAUACAAGCAGCCUUUAUUCUGUACAGACCAGUCACUGGCUACCCAUGGCAGGACGAUGACAUCAGCGACAUCAUGUUUAUCACCACCUUCUUCUGCUGGCAUGUGAUGAUCAAUGCUUUAUGCCUGUUGGGAAUCUAUGGCAUCUCUUCCUUUUGGCAUCAUUGUCACAGUCCCAGCUUGAAGCCCACGUGGUCUAAAGAAGCUCCACAUGACACGAGCAUGGGAGGACCCCUCUACAAAUUGCUGCAGGAAGUGGAGCAGGCAGAGAAAGAUGAACAGGUUCUUCUCCUUUCAAAGGGCUCACCCUGA